AUGGGGCUUCCAAUCACGCUGCUCGCCGCCACGAACGCAAACGACGCGCUGCACCGGCUCCUCGCCACGGGCGAGCUGCGGGCGCACGGCACAGUGCCGUACAACGUGUGGCGCCUGCUGUUUGUGGCGAGCGGCGGCGACGCCGCGGCGGGCGAGGGACUCCAGCACAACUCCACGCCGCCAGCGGAUUUUGGUGCGGGCGGGCUGACGCUGCCGCCGCGCGUGCGCGAGUGGCUGCGCGUGCGGGUCGCCAGCGCCGCCGUCGACGACGCGCUCACGCUGCGCACGAUGCUCGAGACGCACCAGCGCUGCGGCUACCUCCUCGACCCACACACCGCUGUCGGUGUCGCUGCCGCGCAGAUCGCCGCCGGCGAGGAGAGCUGCGCCGCCCGCGUGCCGACACUAUGCCUCGGCUGCGCGCACCCGAUCAAGUUCUUGCCGACCGUCGCCGCUGCCUUUGGCUGCAGCGCGUCGCGCGCCCUCGCGUUGGCGAGCGGCCCGGCGGGCCACCGCUGCGCGGUCGGGCAGCUGGCGCAGCAGGCAAAGCAGGGCUACCCGGCGGCUGGGUGGGUGCCCCCGGGCUGUUGCGCGGUGUUGCGCAAAGGGGAGGCGUGGCAGGCGGAGUGGACCGCCGCCGUGCGGGCAAAGGUGGAGGAGCUGUCGGCGGCGGCGGCAGCGCUGAGGAGCCGGCUGUAG